GACCCCGGUUUUGCUGCCGUCAUCGCCUCUGUGGAGCAAGCCAUUGGCGAUGGCGUCUUUCCCUACCUGAUUACCCAGGGCUCCAGUGGCUCGUAUUUCUGUCGCAACAUUGACAAGGAACUUGUGGGUGUCUUCAAACCCAAGAACGAGGAGCCUUACGGCGCUCUCAACCCCAAGUGGGGCAAAUGGUUUCAGCGCAAUUUUUGCUGCUGCAUGUACGGUCGCAAUUGCUUGUUGCAAAACGCAGGCUAUCUGUCAGAGGCCGGUGCCUCCGUGGUGGACACGUGCCUCAACUUGAACAUUGUCCCCAAAACGCGCGUGGUGCGCUUAACCAGCCCCACCUUCCACUACUCACGCUUUGACCGUGCCCGUGCCCGUGCCGUACAAAGCGCAUCACGCCGCUUUCCUGAAACUGUGGGACGCCAUCUACGCCAAGGCCUGCCCCCAAAAGUGGGCUCAUUCCAACAGUUUGUCAAGGGCUACAAGGACGCCACGGUCUUCCUCCGCGAGCAUGACCCAGACACGCUUCCGCCCCACAUCCAACUUCAGCUCCAGCAUCAGUUCGAGCUCUUGGUCGUGCUUGAUUACAUUACCCGCAAUACGGAUCGCAACAACGACAAUUGGCUGAUCAAAUACGACCCGGUCCGAGACUUGGCCGCUUUCCGCUUGUGGGCCAUCAGGCUAGCAGCCAUUGACAAUGGCCUCUCCUUCCCUUUUAAGCACCCCGACAACUGGCGCACUUACCCCUUCCAUUGGGCCUGGCUACCCCUGGCCAAGCGACCUUUUUCCGAAGAGACAAUCCUGCGUGUUCUGCCACAGCUAGAACGAGAAGAGUUUAUCGAAGAUAUGGGCGACCAGCUCUACGUGCUCUUCAGCCAAGACAAGAGCUUUUCUCGUCACAAAUUUGAGCAACAGAUGGCCGUCAUGCGCGGUCAAAUUAUCAAUCUCAAAACCGCUUUGCAGCAGCGCAAGUCUCCUGAGCAACUCGUCCAGAUG